UUUCAGUCACUGCAUAUUAGGACACACCUGGCUCUUCUGAUCAUAUCGAACUCAACGGCAGGUCUUUCUGCGAAAAUGGAAACGACAUGACAAUUUUAAUAAUCGUGGUUGGGGGCAUGGCAGUAUCUACAUCGUACUGCAUAUGAGGCAGUGUGGAAUUCAAAGCCAAUUUCACACGAAUAGACCAUGCAGACGGUAAUCACAUGAAAACUGAAACACCGAGUAUGACUUCAAUGCUGCUGCACCCGCCGAUCGAUCGAUAUAAAGCGCGUAAGAAGUAAUACAAGCCGGGAGAGAGAUGGAAAACAACAAGCCGAGUGAUCAUGUCAUUAUGGAGGUGACGCAGCAGUCCGCUGUGACCCCGAAUGAAAACGGGGUCAUGAUGGCGAUCAACCACAGCGAAGUCCGUCCACCCUUCAGCGUACUGUGGACGACCGUCCUGUACUGUGCGGAGUUCAUCUGCGCCUCUGUGCUCAGCAACAUGUACCAUAAGAGUGAAGACUCGGUGUGGAUGGGACUGACCAUUACAUUCAUGCUGGUGCCGUCAGUGCUGACACAGCUCACACUAACAUUUGUGCACCGGGACUUGGGCAGAGACCGACCCCUUGUGCUCUUAAUGCAUCUGCUCCAGAUGGGGCCUAUUAUAAGGUGCAUUGAAGCUGUGAUUGUUUACUGUCAGGCAGGUAGAAAGGAGGAGCCGUAUGUGACCAUUUCAAGAAAGGUCAAGCUAAAGCAUGGCAGAGGUUUAGGCCCAGCCUUAGAAUGGGAGAUUGGACACUCAGAGCGCAAGCUAGCCAUCCAUCGCAAUGCCUUCAAACGCACAGCUGUCAUCCAGGCCUUCCUGGGCUCCACUCCUCAACUCACUCUACAGCUCUAUGCUACCAUUCAGGAAAAAUACAUCCUUCCCACGCGACUGGCCCUGAUGAUCAUUUCCUUGAUAUCAAUCACAUAUGGGGCAUUAGUCUGCAGUGUGCUGGCCAUUCAGAUCAAGUAUGACGACUACAAAGUGCGAAUGAAACCUGCUGCCUACCUGUGCAUGAUCCUCUGGCGAGGGUUAGAGAUCGCCACACGGAUCACCACUCUGGUGCUCUUCAGCACAGCGUUCACGCACUGGGUGGUGUUGGUGGGCUUGAUCAACCUGUUGAUCUUCUUCUUCCAGCCAUGGGUUGAGUUCUGGGUCAGGAAGUCAUCAUUGCCUGAGAACGUUGAGAAGAACUUAAGUAAGCUGGGCACCACCGUGGUGCUCUGCAUGGUCACGUUCCUCUACGCCUGCAUCAAUAUUUUCUGUUGGUCGGCUGUACAGUUGGACCUGUCCAAUCACGACCUUGUAGAGAAGCAGCCUCGCUGGAGACGCUUGGCCAUCUACUACACCCUGCGCUUCAUGGAGAAUGUCACCCUCAUUGUCUUGUGGUACUACUCUAAGUCUGACUUCUAUGAAUAUGUGUGCACGCCACUGCUGGUGGUGCAACUUAUUGUAUGCUACAGCCUAGCUGUGAUCUUCAUGCUGCUCUUCCAUCAGUUCUGCCAUCCGUGCCGCAGACUCUUCCAUUACAAUGUCGAGGACUGUCUACGUUGUGCGUGCUGCUGGAAGAGUAAGCAAUCCCAGCCACCUACUGAUCACACAGUUGCUCUUGCAUCUCAGGACCAUGAGCCUCCUGACCACACUAGCCACUUAGCGGAUAGAGAAACAGACAUUGUGGAUGAUAUUAUGGAGGCGGCAUAAAUGAGGUUUGCUGUUCGGUUAUUGCUGUGCUGUUAGGGGCCAUGCUAGGCAUUUUUGCACAUAUCCUGACUCAGGAGUAUUGUAUUUACUCUGCUAAAUAUGAAAUAAUGAACUAUUCUAUAUGUACUGUACUUAGUGAAGGAACAAUUGAUUUUAUAUGGUCCUAAAUGCUUCAGGAGUUUUGUAUUUUAUGCCAUUUUGAACUUUCAUUAAAGAAAUGUAGCACCAUAAUUGUGAUUUAGCACCAUAACAAUGUGAUCUCAUUACAUUGGUGUAGAGAGGGUAGCUCAUUAUUUACUAAUUGUAGAGCGCCGAUCCAUUUCUGCUUGUUGGCCGUUGAAGACCAAAGAAUGUCCUCUGUUGAGUUAUGCUGUGACGAGACACAAAGGAAGCCUUCAGUAAGAAGCUGUAUGGCCAGUCCAGGUGUGCGGGAAACCUGCCAAGGUGUCCAGCUCAGAGGAGUGAUGAAACUGGCAAGUUUUGGCACCUGUUGCAGUGCUAUUUUCAGAGGAACCAUGAAUCGACAAGCCAAGGAGCCUUCAAAGGUUUCUUAAGUUUGCCUCAAGAGCCCCAUGUGUUUUUGUUUUUUUUAACCUUUACAUAUUGAAAGCCUUCUUUAAGAUUGCAUUUGCCAGAUUUUGCAAUAUUGUGCCUAAAAAGACUAACAAAGUAAAGAGUGCUCUUAAAUUUUCACUGCUAAAAGAGACAUCUGUUUGUUUAUUUUGUAUGGGAAUGUUGUUUUUCCUCAAUUCUGUGCCUCUUUACUACUGACUUUCAUUAAAUUAAUAAAGAUGCAUUGAAUGUCUGUCUCA